UCAUUUCCUGUUUCUAUGUGAGAACUGCUUCUAAUCAGAUCACAUUGAACCUCUCAGGGGGAACUGUCUGAAGUAGGAGCAGCAGCACUGGGUGGCGAGGCAUGUGAGUACAGUGGAGAGCAAUCAAUGAAUGGAAUCCUCGCUUUUGAAUGAAGAGAAAUAACCAGAUGACUAAGAGCUUAUGAUCUCCUCUUUUGUAUACCAGCUAGACAGAGCACAGUGAGAGGAACCUAUAAAAUUCCAUACCUUUCGAGCUGGAACCUGCGAGAAACAAUGAACUCUUCCUAUUGCAAUGAUAUAUGUUUCAUACAAGAUCACACACUAGAUCAAUAUUUGUUUCCUGCUCUUUACGGCAUUUUGAUUAUCAUCAGCAUUCCUGCUAACUCUGUAGCCAUUUUCAUAUCUUACUGUGAAGUGAAGAAAAAAAAUGAACUUGGGGUCUAUCUCUUCAGUUUAUCUUUAGCUGAUCUCCUCUAUACGCUGACUCUGCCCCUGUGGAUUUAUUAUGCACAAAAUGGGGAUGACUGGAUCCUUCCCCCGAACCUUUGUAAUUUGUCUGCUUUCCUCAAGUAUCUGAAUUAUUACACCAGCUCUGGAUUUCUCACCUGCAUUUCCCUUGAUCGAUACAUAGCCAUAGUUUACCCUAUGCGGUUCCAUUAUCUGCGUACGAGAAGAGUUGCCUUUUUUAUUUCUGUCUUUGUUUGGGCCUUUGAAAUCAUAUCAAACUACAUGAUUUUAAUUGAAAAAGAAACAUUUACAGAACAGAACAUCACCAACCACUCCAACCAUACUUUGUGUCAUGAUAAAUAUCCUCUAGAAAAGUGGCAAGCUCAGUUGAAUUUUUACCGGGUCGGUGUGGGGUAUGUGAUCCCCUUGGCUAUCAUGGUGUUCUGCUACCAGAAAAUCUACCAAGCAGUGAAGCAUAAUCAAGCAACGCAAGACAGUGACAAGAGGAGAAUCAACCACUUACUGCUGAGCAUUGUCAGCACUUUCUUUUUGUGCUUCACCCCGUAUCAUGUUGUUCUGCUCCUGCGCAGCAUCUCUGAGCCGUGUAACUGCCCUUUUGCCCGAAGGAUGUUCAUACCCUAUAGAAUUACGACUGCUCUGACGAGCAUAAAUUGUAUAGCUGACCCAUUUCUCUAUUGCUUUGUGAGUGAAACCGGACGAAGUGAUAUCUGGAACAUGUUCAUGUGUGUCUUUUCUGCUAGUCAAACAGAGAUACAGAAGACUCAAAAUGUUCCUGAGUCCAGUUGUUCGGAAGAUAAAAAUGUGAAGGUUCCAGAAACAGAAACAUUCUUAUAAGCAUUUGCACAACUUGCAAAGUUGAACAUGAUAAGUGUGGAAUUGUCUUAUUCUCUUCAUUUUAGGAGUCCAAUAUUCUUCUGUCUCCUAUCUAGAAGGUGCUGUAGAUCUGUGAUGUUUCCCAUGAUGUUUCACUGCCUGAGGCAUGGUGCCCUCCCCUUCUAUCACCCACAGAAGGGUCAUGAAUUACCAGCAUGAUUCAGCUCCAACAGUGGCAGCAAGACAGUGUUCUUUUCUGUACCUCAGGGGAGCAUGUUGAUUUAUAGGGUAUAGGGCAGGUCAUGUGUCAUCUGCAGCUCUUGCCCUCUAGAGGAAUGUUUCCCAACAAUGGAUCCCCAAAUGUUCUUAAACUAGAUCUUGCAGAAGCCUUCACCAUUAGCUGUGCUGGCCAGACUUUCUGAGAAUCGUAGUCCAAGAAAAUCUUUGGGACGCAACGUUGGGAACCACUACUCAAGGGAAUGGUCUAGGCAGUUCAAGAGGAUUGAGUAGGAAGUUGCAGCUGUUGCUGCUGCCCCCUAGCAUCUACUAGCUGAACCACUUGUCUUACUCUGCCUUAUGAAGGCAGGCUAUGCUAUAGAUCAACCAGAGGCUGCUUCUGGGGGUUGACACAUACUGUAUGUAAUUAUCUGAGCCUUCUUCUAGUUCUUUCUGCCCUUUCCCCCAGGAAGAGUAGCUUCAGGUUAUGGUGGACUAUGUCAUCAUCUGCUAAGAACUAGAAGAGAGCAUCAUGCAAACACUCACAUGUUGUUAACAUUUUACACUGUACCUCUCUGAUAGAUGUAAAAUAUUGUUCAGUGUUGACUGAAAAACAAAAGGAUAAAUAUUAUAACCGCACUUGAUUUUAUAUUUUAUCAAAUAAAAUGUCCCUUUA